AUGGCGUCCCGCCCGAUCCUUCUGCGGUUCGAGAGCCGGAACGGCCAAUUUCGGGUCACCGUCAACCCGCAAGACCAGUUCCCUUCCCUCCAGGAAAAGGUGACCGCGAGUCCAGCUGCCAGGAGCGCCAACUUUGGUCAAUCAAGGCUAACACAGCAACAUCAGAUCCUUGAGCACCUUCCCGCAGAGGUUGACCCGUCAUCCAUUACCCUCUCCAAUAAACCCAUUGGCACCGGCGGGGAAGAACGAGAAUUAGAGGCCUUGGGUGGGGUCGCUAUCGCACAAGUUGGCCUCAAGCACGGCGAUAAGCUCUUCCUUGGAUACCAAGAACGAGCCACACAACAAAAUGGCACCUCCAACGGAUACGCAUCUACCUCUUCCGAACGUCGAUUGAAUGGAGCCUUGGUUCCUCAGCAACACCAAACCGUGCCCAUUCGCCCCCAACCGAGCUCGCCAACGGUCAAUAUACAAAACCCGUGGGAUGUGGUGCAGCAGUCCCCGUUGGACGAUCUCCUCGAUAAGAAAGAUGGCAAGAUCAAGCGAAGCAAAGACCCUCGAAUGUGCAAGCAUGGCCCUCGGGGAAUGUGUGACUACUGCAUGCCUCUGGAGCCGUACGAUGCGAAAUACCUUGCGGAGAAGAAGAUCAAGCACCUUUCGUUCCACUCCUACCUGCGCAAAAUCAACGCUGCAACCAACAAACCGGAAAUUAAGAGUUCAUACAUGCCACCACUUAGUGAGCCUUUCUAUCGAGUACGGCGCGACUGUCCGUCUGGACAUCCCCAGUGGCCGGAGGGCAUUUGCACCAAAUGCCAGCCCAGCGCGAUUAGUUUACAGCCUCAAGAGUUUCGCAUGGUUGACCACGUGGAAUUCUCGUCUCCCGACUUGAUCAAUUCUUUGUUGGACUUCUGGCGAAAGUCAGGUGCUCAGCGAUUGGGAUUUCUCUACGGAACAUACGAAGAAUACACCGAGGUGCCACUUGGCGUGAAGGCGGUCGUACAGGCAAUCUACGAACCGCCACAGAACGGCGAGGUUGAUGGUGUUACACUCCAUGAUUGGCAUAAUGAGAAAGACAUCGACGAAGUCGCUCAACUGUGCGGCCUGCAGAAGGUAGGAGUCAUUUUCACAGAUCUUCUCGACGCAGGCCGUGGGGAUGGCUCUGUGGUUUGCAAACGGCACAUUGAUUCAUAUUAUCUGUCUUCUCUCGAGAUUGCUUUCGCUUCCCGUCUGCAGGCCCAGAACCCCAAAGCCACGAAAUGGAGCCGGACGGGGCGAUUUGGCUCGGACUUUGUCACCUGUGUGUUGAGUGGAGACGAGACCGGUGCCAUUGCCGUCAGUUCAUACCAGGCGACGGUGUCGGCGGUGGAGAUGGUUCGAGCCGAUAUCGUUGAACCCUCCGCAGAGCCCUCCGUCAUGUUGGUGCAGUCGGAGGACGACGAUGAUCUGGGCAGUAAGACACGAUACAUCCCUGAAGUCUUCUUCCGGCGAAUCAACGAAUAUGGUGCAAGUGUUCAGGAGAAUGCUAAACCAAGCUUCCCCGUGGAUUUCCUGCUGGUCACACUUACACACGGUUUCCCCACCGAAUCAACACCUCUUUUCACCGAUAGUCGCUUCCCCAUCGAGAACCGCGAGGUCAUUGGCGAAAGCCAAGAAUUGCGACAUGUGGCACAGAAGCUCAUGUCACACGGAGACCCCGACAAGGCUAUUCAAGGCGUAUCCGAUUUCCAUCUCCUAUGCUUCUUGCAUGGGUUGUCCACGUUCAAUAAGGAUGAGGAGGCACUCCUCGGCCGAGUUGCGACGACUCACGCCCCCGUCGACGGAAUUCAGCUGUUGAAUACCCCCGGAUGGGCAACCUUGAUGACAAUUCUUCAGGAGAGUGGUGAGCGCCCCCCUAAGCGCCCCUGGCCCGCCGCGGCCGAGGCAUUCCGCCCGGCUUCCCAUUCUGGACAACGGCGGGUUCAUUCACCCGCCGCCCAUCUCCCCCGAUCCGCGUCUCCAAAGUCCGACGGUGAACAGCUUGCUAAGAGGUUCAAGGGAGCUAGUCUAGAGUGA